ACACUAGUACAUCACUUCGCAGGAGCCGGCAAUCUGUGGCUGCUUGAUGUUCUUCUUCGACGAGGGGCGGAUGUCAAUGCGAAGAAUGAGGAUCGAGUUGCGCCCCUGCAUUUAGCGGCGUAUCAAGGCCACCUUGAUGUCGUGCAGGCCCUACCAGAUUUUGGGGCGGAUAUCAAUGCAGUCGAUCGCUAUACAGUGCUGCACUUAGCGUCCUGGCAGGGAUACAUUCCCAUCGUGGAAUACUUGCUUGCUCACCGGGCUGACCCUCUCAGAAAGACCUCAACCGGCGACACGGCUUUGAACCUG